GACAUACUAUCUCUCCGCCAUCAGCGCCCUUGCCCGUCGUCGUCUGCGCCGUCGACCUAGCCCAGCAUGCCUGCAUCUCGUCGAGGAAGUGGUACGGUGACGCUGCCCACUGGGCAGACGCUCGCGUUCCAUACCAGAACGCAGGAUGAAGAGGAUCUCCCGCAUGCGACCAAAAAGACCAUGGCAGAUCAUCUGCGCAAGUAUGAGAGUUUGUUUACGUUAACGCCGCAGAGGAUGCGCAUGAUUGUGGACGCGUUCAAGGAUACGCUUGAGGCCGGUUUGGAGAAGCAUGGAAACACGGUGCCUAUGAUCCCGACGUACGUCUUCGGUUGGCCGACAGGGAACGAAACGGGAGAGUACCUGGCUGUAGAUCUCGGCGGGACUAACCUGCGGGUUUGUCUCGUCACCCUCCAGGGCGCUGGGAGAUUCGAGAUCACACAAUCCAAGUAUCGUCUGACCGAAGAUCAGAAACAGGAGGAAGGGCAAAAGUUAUUCGACUUCUGCGCCGAGUGCCUCAAGACAUUCAUAGAUCAGCACGUUGGGGAAGAGCCGGGCAUGAUCAACCUGAAGCCCGGCGAGAAGCUGCCCUUGGGGUUCACUUUCUCUUACCCUUGCUCACAAAACAGGAUCGACCACGGUGAACUGAUCCGGUGGACGAAAGGCUUCGGGAAUCCUAAUACGGAAGGACAUGAUGUCGCGGAGAUGUUCCGCAAGUCUCUCCAAAAAUACGACGUCCCCGCAGACUUUAUCUCGUUGACAUGCGACACGACCGGCACACUCAUUGCCUCUCACUACGUGAACCCCAAGACGAAGAUAGGGUGUAUCUUCGGGACGGGGUGCAAUGCUGCGUACAUGGAGAAGGUCGCCAACAUUCCGAAAAUCAAGGAACUCAAUAUCAAGGAUGACGCUGAAAUUGCUAUCAAUUGCGAAUACGGCGCCUUCGACUCGUUCGAGCAUGAGCACCUGCCCAGGACAAAGUACGACCAGAUCGUCGACGAGACGUCCAACAAGCCAGGCGAACAAGCAUACGAAAAACUAAUCUCCGGACGAUACCUCGGAGAGAUCAUGCGUCUCGUCAUCUGCGAGCUUAUCGACGACGGUGUGCUUUUCCUCGGUCAAGAGACAUACAAGAUCGAGAAGUCCUAUGCGUUCGAUACGGCGUUCUUAUCGCUCAUGGAAAGCGACCCCACGGACGAGCUGCUGAUGAUCAUCGGCAUUUUCACGCACUUCUUUGCCCUGGAGACAACGCUUGCCGAGCGGCAGUUCUUCCGAGCCCUCGCGAAGCUCAUUGGCCGGAGGGCUGCGAGACUCAGCGCGUGCGGUAUUGCGGCGAUUGUCAGCAAGAUGGGCUACCUCGACGAGGGGUGCGCGGUGGGUGCGGACGGGUCGUUGUACAAUAAAUACCCUGGCUUUGCGGAUCGGGUCCAUGAGGGCCUCAUAGAUGUAUUUGGAGACAAGGGACGGAAUAUCGUAACAUACCAUGCGGAGGAUGGGAGUGGUGUCGGGAGUGCAAUUAUCGCAGCUAUGACGAAGGCAAGGAAGGAAAAGGGGCUGUACACCCAUGUGUAGUACUUUUGCGCGGACGAUUCUUGUGUAAGUUCUUGACAAAGAAGAAUAACCAUUGUAUACCUAGAUUACUUGCUGGUGUCUGCUACGUCGUUUACGUCAGGUACCAACAGCACGAUUAUGACUCCGGAGGUAACAGCUUGUGUGGUUCAUUGCUGGCUCGUGUUCUUUAGGUAUUCGUCAUAACGCAAUACAGCGCCUAAGAGGACAUUCGCCCCCGCUUGACUGAUGCAUCCACGAAGAAAAUUCAG